AUGUCAGACAUAUCCGAGCCAUCGACCCACAACCCUCUAAUCGCAUCCGACGUCGAAUGGCUACAGCUAGCAGCGAGGGAGCUGGGCCUCGAGCUGCUCUUUUAUGGUGUUCAAGCUGUACUCUGUGUCGCUGCAGUGCGGGUCCUCAUCCGCCGCCACUCGCGCCUCCUCCCAGCGGCCCUGAUUGCUCUCUUUGCCUCUUCGACCCUCGCCGUUGCGGCCAACUUUCUGUUUUAUCUUGUCCAGUUCUCCUUGGUAUUGAGCGUCAAAGCACAAAGUCCCAAGGCGCUACUCGUUCGCCUAGACAUCAUGACGGUCGUCGCCGAUCGCUUCAAUUACGUUCUCAGCGAUGUCAUCGUUGUGUGGCGAGCCUGGAUAUUAUGGUCGGAGAGUCGUAUCGCGAAGAGCAUUCUGUCCUUGUGCGUUUUGGGCACUUUAGUUUGCACCAUCAUCGAGCUCGUAUGGUUCUACGCGAAGCCGGCGCCGAUAGGGGCAGAAUUCCAGGUCUUGAUCCCGUCGAUAGUCCGGUCAGUCCUGCUACUUGUGACGAAUCUCGCGGCCACAAUCGCAAUUGGCCUGAAGUUCUGGUGGGCGAUCUAUCGCCGCGACAUCAAAGGUGCCCUCGGUCUGAUGGGAAGGAAGACGCAGGUCGAGAGCGUGCUUCUGCUGCUCCUCGAGUCUGGCUUCGUAUAUUGUUGCUUAUGGACGUUCUACCUUGCCAUCUCGAGCACCGCCGAGCGUGCAUCGUCCCCUCUGACCGAGAUCAUCGGCUCGUCCUUUCACGGAAUUUCAGGUGUCUAUCCCGCAUUCAUCGUACUGGUCGCUAUGCAUACCCCGGAUGGCUCUAGCCAAUCAUUGCUGAGCACACAGAUAUCGCAGGCCAUGCGUUUUACGGCCCAGGGUGCGGGACAAGCGAGGGAGAAGGACGUCGACGGCAGCUCGAUCGUUCAUUGUGCUGAAGACGAAGAGGAUCUUGAUGAGGGUGUCGAAGACGAGCUUCGAGGGUCGGACGACCAAGGGAGCUUAUAUUUCAACAGUGACCCAGAUUAUAGACACGCGUCGUGUGUCUAUCACUCAUAG